AUGAGGUUCGUCAGUACGGCAGCGCUCAUAGCAGCUUUCGCUGUAUGCGGAGAUGCUCGGUCGUGUACUGAAACUGAUGUGGUAAUUUUAGGUGCUGGCAUGGCGGGCGUGACUGCUGCAGAAACAUUGGAAAGACAUUCAGUAAAUGAUUUUAUUGUACUGGAGUACCAGGACCGCAUUGGUGGACGCAUGUUCGAGGUUACAUUUGGCAAGGCGCUCCAAUAUGUAAUUGAAGCUGGGGCCAACUGGGUACAUGGAACUGGAGGGCCUGAAACACAUGAGAAUCCUGUUUGGACACUGGUAAGAUUAAAUAGACACUCUUUACUCCAGCACAGAGUGCUAAUGACGACCGACGUCGAAAAUGUCACAAUAUACGACCAGACGGGCGAAAUACCGUCUGAGACUCUGUUCGCUGCGCUAGAAGCUGUCAGCGAUGCUGAUGCCAAAGUCCUCGCCGACGCGGGUAUUCGGCUACACCACAACCUCGAAGAUCGCACAUACCGCGCAGCUCUCCGACGACAAGGCUGGAACCCCAGAAAGAGCAAUCAAGGAAACCUCAGAAAUCUAUACCGCGGUAACCACCAAUGCCACUGCAAACGCGGGUUUUCCACUAUCCUCAGGAAUGAAGCGGGCCCGCUAUUCGAGGGACAGAAUGCUCGUCGGCUCCGAACGAAUACGGUUGUGAAUGAAAUCGCGCAAGAUAGAUUCUCCGUUACGGUGCAUAGCACAGACGGGGAAUGCGUGCGAGCUAAAUACGCUAUCACGACAUUUUCUCUGGAUCCGGUGGAGAGGGGAUAUUAUCCUCUUUUCCAACCUUUGGACUUACCUGGGGUGUUGGAAGGAUCGAAUAUCCUCAUCGCUACGGUCGUCAAUGAAGAGGCGUAUCGGGUUGAGCAGCAGAGUGAGGCCGAGACCCGGUCUGAGAUUAUGGAAGUAUUGCGCAAGAUGUUCAAGGAUAAGGAUGUUCCAGAUCCGGUGGACAUAUACUAUGCGAGGUGGACGCAGGAGCCUUGGUCGUAUGGCUCCUACUCGAACUGGCCACCGGGAGUAUCUGCCCGGACACAUCGGCAUCUCCGGGAGAAUGUUGGGCGGGUUUUGUUUGCUGGAGAGGCUACAAGCCCACAGUUCUCGGGGUUUCUGCAUGGCGCUUACUAUGAAGGAAAGCGUGCGGCGGAGUCCAUUGCUUCGUGUCUACGAGGCCCAAGAUGGGAUGACUGUGACUUUAGUAAAUGA